ACUAUGAAAUACAAAUACAAAAUACAAUAAAAUGGCUACAAAAUCCGCAACCUUAGCCGCACUCCAUUUAAUUUACAUUUUCUCUGGGAACCAGAAAACGCAACCGCAUCCGCAGGUUUGUAUUUCUACUCUCAAGAGGGAAUGACAAACUAGUCACUUAUUACUGGUAAUAAAUAUUGGUUAGAAUUCUUUCCCUUACUUUAAAAUUUAGCAAAUAAAAGAGCUGGAAAACAUACAUACAUAUGUAUGUAUGAAUGUGCAAUAGAAAAAAAGCACAAGCUAAUAGAAUAGAAUAUAUAACACUUCACUUUUGUUGCAACAACAUAAAUGGCUUCAGUUUAUAAAUUCUAUUCAAAGUGCAAUGUUGUUUGCGUAAUUUAUGAAAAUUUCUUUUAAUUUAAAUUUAAAAAAAUUUUUAAUUUAAAAACAAAAUUAAAACAAUGUUUUUUAAUAAACGCGUAGGAUGGCCAAAUCCUAUCAAGCAAAAACAACAGCAACGUCAACAACAUCAGACACCGCAACCAAAUGAUCAAUUGCCAUUUUUAUCGCGGUCACGAUUUAGUGCUUUACCACAUUUUCAUGCCACAGCCACAAAUGAACAAGAUGCAAAUCUAACACUAUUUAUAGCGAUUUUAUAUGUAAUCGAUAUGUUUGGUGUAUUUCCGUUCGUGACACUUCCGGCUCUACUCGUUGAAUUGGGGUUUUUUGGCAUACCUUUGGUCAUAUCAGUUGUGGUUUUACAAAUUUAUACUUCAUUUUUAUUAAGCGAAUGUUGGACCAUGGCCCAGUCAUUGGAUUCGUCUAUAAGCAAUAAAAGCAGAUAUCCUUAUGCCGCUAUAGCUAAUUUGGCCUAUGGUCCCUAUGCGAGUUUUUUGGUUACCAUUCUCUUGAAUGUUAGCAUAUUUGCCAAUGGCAUACCAAAUAUUGUUAUGGCUUCACAAAACUUGGAGUUAGUAGGAGAUCGCAUGACUAAUGGAGAAUUUAUAUUUUCUUUUUGCUAUUGGGCCAUUAUAGUGGGUAUAUUUUUGUGUCCCAUGGCCUGGUUGGGUAGUCCAAAAAAUAUGAGAGGUUUGGCCAUUUUCUCGGCUGUUGUAAUGAUAGUAAUAGUCAUUCUAUUGUGGUUUUGUCUAUUUACGGCUUCUUCAAUUGGUAAACCCUUUGAAGGUGUUAGUUUUGAUCUGCCGCCAUUUUUAACUAUUUUAAGUGGCUACAGCAUUUUAGCUUUUCAAUUUGAUAUUCAUCCCAUGUUGUUGACUUUGCAAAUUGAUAUGCGCCAAAAAAAUAAAGUUGGAUGGGCUUCUUUUUGUGGUAUUGCCACCACAUCGACUAUGGCGAUUUUAGGUUCGAUUAUAGCAGCCUAUAAAUUUGGUACCAUGAUAGCGGAAAACGUAUUAGAAACUUUGCCUCGCAGUCUACCGUUAUAUAUACUGCUGAUAUUAAUCACAAUACAACUGUGCUUUUCUGUCACAGUGGGAAGUUCGGCUUUGUUUUUGCAAAUUGAAAACUAUCUCAAAAUAUCGGAAGUUUUCUCCCUAAAACGUGUCUUCAUACGAUCCACAGUGGUGGCUUUACAGGUAAUGAUUUCUGAGUUUUUGCCAAGUUUUGAUGCUUUAAUGGAUAUUGUGGGUGGUACCAUAACGGGUCCAUUGGUUUUCAUUUUACCACCUUUGCUGUAUAGACGUAUGGUUCAACUGGAGCGUUAUCAUCAACGUAUUGCCACUGAAGCUGCCUAUGGUAGUUUACCCUUAGAUUUAAAUUAUGAACCCUUAGAUGGACCACCACCACAAUUGGCACAGAACUCUCGUAUCACUUUGCCAGCACUUUUGGAAGUUUGUUGGUUGCGUACUAUUUACACGUUCAAUCGUUUGCAAUGCGAUUUAUCUUGUUCCAUGGCCGUUUUACUGUUUGGUAUAUUGGCUACAUUUUUUUCGACAUAUUUAAAUCUUUUCCAGAUUAAUGAACUUUUUCGCAAUAAUUCACCAUGUUUUAACAAUUUAACUGCAGGCAAUAGCAAUUAAAAAAUGUAAUAGAAAAGACUUUUAAAAUUAAGAUAAUUUUAGAAAGAAAUUACUGUAUAAGUUGUAUGUAAUAAAGUGGCCAA